AUGUCCACUGCGUCUCAAGACAGUACCACCGUGGAAAGCAUGUUCCUCAACAACUCAGAGGAUAUUGCUGCAUGGCUUUCGUUUGAAAAUUCGUCGGAUACAGAUCGUCCACUUGGUAUGGUUGAUGGUGUGUUCGAGACAUCUACUCCGAAGAAUUCCCGCUUGGAAAUAAUUUCCGAACUGAUUCACUUGCUGGAGAAGCUGGACCUGGCGGGGCACACAAAUGCAGCAUCACCCGAAUCGUAUGAGUCGUCGAACUUGGACUCCUGCUACUACUCACAUGAACUGGAACCAAACACACAAUUUAGUUCGAAACACAGUACAUCGGCAUAUCAAGAUUUACGAGGCGAGCGUUAUGGUGGCUACGAUAACAGAAAUACUUUCAGAACAGGACGUAUCUGGCAUGGCCGUCCUCAGCCUGGUUACGACCGUCCACGAUUGUGUCAGAUACCCUACAAAACCGAGCUUUGUCGACGCUACUUGGCCAGUGCUGGCAGAGAGUGCGCAUACGGAAGCCGAUGCCGCUUCGCACAUGGACUCGGGGAACUGCGUCUCUUUCCUUAUCACCCAAGACACAAGACAGAACUAUGCCGUGGGUUUCAUGAAGGUGGACGCUGUAUAUAUGGCAAACGUUGCAUAUUCAUUCACAACGAAAGCAAAGAGAAGCUGGCGGCGAUUCGGUCACUCAAUCGACUAUUGCAAACGUACGCACACACCCACCCGUACCGUUACGAUGUUCAUUUCACAGAGCUGUUAGAAUUCGGGCUCAUGCUAUCAAAAACUUCUGCAGAAGACUCGCCUUCAGGCUCCACCACGGAGCUCCCAUCAGGUGAGUCACAGCGGGCAGAAGACGUUCUCUCUUCACCUAUUAUGCACUUACUCAAGCUAUCCUUACUUGAU